AUGCUGCAUCGCAGUUGCGUGCUGGUGGACAGCUUUAAGGAGCACUACCACAGAGUGCACCUGCCACGCCGCCUUGCCCUGCAGCGGUACAUAAAGCGAGAGGAGGCUCGCCUUAGCAGACACAAGGGUAAAGCGGUGGCCGCCGCUGCUGCUGCUGGAGUGCAGCCGGGAGAGGUGGCCUACAAGUACAACCGCUGGUGGGUAUCGAAUGAUCACGAGUUUGUGCAUCAGUUCGCGUUUGUCGAGGACCCCGACGUUACGCGCGAGAAGCGCAACACGCUGCCCCUCGUCACGAAGGAGAACAUCUGGAAAGAGCCGCAGCAGACUUUCUUCUUGCCUUUUGCGCCGUUCGUGCGUGUGGUGGACUACGCGAAGGACCCGGACACGAAGUUCUUGAAGCCGGUGAACAUCCCGCGCUGGAAGGACUACAUGCAGCGCACAAAGCCAAUCGUUCCCCGCACCUGGUACUAG